CAACGCUACACUUCGCCCCCAACAUCUUCAAGAUUUUCCUCUUUUUGAUGGACUUUGCCGCACUGCAAACGCCAUCUUAGCAGAGGGAUUGAAAUCCAUUUACAAAAUGAAACCACACGCUUUUGGCUGCUCCUCUGUCGGCCGAGCAGCAGCAGCAGCUCUCUUGCUCUCCGCCUUGGCUGGGCCGGCUUCGGCAGUGACAGUCACAUCAGCUACCGCAGCUUUCGAUCCCAACAUCCUCCUACCACCGGGUCCUGUGCUUCCAAACGGGCCAGAAGCCCCUUUGCCAGCAGAACAUGUGUUUAGCUUGCGUCAAAUUUACCAUCACGGCACAUACAAACACCCCGGGCUUCAUCGGAGACGACAUGUCGACCAUGACGAAUCCCGAAUCUACCUUGCAGCUGAAGACGGAUACGAUGAAGUAGAUCUACCAAAGCUCAAACUCAAGAGUCGACCUAUGACUAUACAGCGCCUGGCCGACCGACGCCCCGAAGUAGUAGAUCCUCUCGUAGCGCAUUCACGCCAGUUGGGCUUCGCAGCCGCAAUGGACGUUGAUGCCUGGACGAUGGAUAAUGUACCUUCACCCGAUAUCACAGAUUUCGACACCAUUCUCAAUAUGGCAUACAUGGCAGCAGACGCAUAUGUUGAAAAUGAAGACAAGGCCGACUGGGAAGAUAUCGACGAUCUCGACCGCCAACUGGAUUUCGGCUGGGACAAUGACGGCUUGCGUGGCCACAUCUGGGCUGACGAAUCCAACUCAACGGUUGUCAUCGGACUCAAGGGAACAUCCCCGGCUGUAUUUGACGGUGAGGGCACAACCACAAACGACAAGGUCAACGACAAUCUUUUUUUCAGCUGCUGCUGCGCCCAACAGGGCCAGUGGACGUGGCACCAAGUCUGCGACUGUGCGACCGGUACAUACUCGUGUAACAAUACUUGCGUAACCGGCGCCCUACGUGAAGAAAACCGAUACUAUGCAGCAGCCAGAGCACUCUAUGGAGAGGUCAUUCAAAUGUACCCAGAAUCUACUAUCUGGGUGACUGGCCACUCCCUCGGUGGUGCCGUGACGUCGCUUCUUGGUCUCACCUAUGGCUUGCCUGCCGUCACAUUUGAGGCUGUACCAGAAGCACUCGCAGCCUCUCGGCUUGGCCUUCCAGUGCCUCCUGGCUACAAUAACCAAAAUCAUCAAGCCCGUAUGCAUACUGGAUCUUACCACUUUGGUCACACCGCCGAUCCCAUCUAUGUCGGCACUUGCAACGGUGCGACGGCCUCAUGUUCAUUUGCAGGAUACGCCCUGGAAACAGCUUGUCACACUGGCUACGAAUGCGUCUAUGACGUCGUUGCUGAUAAGGGUUGGCGUGUAGGAAUAGGAACACACAAGAUCCGCGCUGUUAUAUCCGAUGUUCUGCUCAAGUAUAAGACAGUGCCAAAGUGCGAAAUGACACCAGAGUGCAGAGACUGUGCACAGUGGAAGAUGUAUGAGAGCAACGGCACGGAUACCACAACCACUGCUCCACCUAAAACAACCACACGAACUCGGACUCGAACCGAAAUUUGCGAAACACCAGGCUGGUUUGGAUGCUUAGACAAGACUACAACAACACGUGUGAUUCCGACCCCAACCACCACGACCACCACAACUACCUGCAAAACCCCAGGUUGGUUUGGCUGCAAGGAUAAGACUCUUACGACUCUUGUUACGAGCACCCUUCCACCAAGCACUGCAGUCACUACUACCACCUCGGUUCCGUCAACUACCUGCAAGACACCCGGCCGCUUCUGGGGUUGCAACGACAAAACAACAACGACAACUACAACGGGACCUACCAUCACAUCAGCACCCACUACACUUCCGUCUUCUACAACAUGCGAGACUCCUGGAAGGUUCUGGGGCUGCAACGAUGAGACAACGGAUAUUAGCACAUCAGUGCCCACAACGAGUGCGUCUUCCACCACAUGUCAGACUCCAGGAAGAAUCUGGGGCUGCAACGAUAAAACUACUACCAGCUCUACCAUGGUUAUUACCUCGCCACCGACAGGGCCAGUUCCGACUUCGCCGGCACCAACUACCACCUCUACUGUCCCACGCAAGUGCAUCCAGCGUAGCUGGCUCGGCUACUGCAAGAAGUAUGAGGGUGACGAAACAGCCGAUUACAUGGAUGAGAUUUAAUGUAAAUACAUAUAUGAACUACAGCAGGGAGAUUUGGAAAUUUGGUACAGAACUUUGGGAAGGCGUUGCAUUUGGAUGGCUUAGCACAUCACACGACAUAUUCAGGCGUUACAUUUUCCUAGCAGAUAGAUAGCACAGCGGUGUUGCAUUUUGGGUUAGAUUGAUUAUUUUGACAAGAAUUAUUCCUUU